GAGCAAACGGAUUGGAGAGUAGAGGCUGAAUCUACUAUAGGCAAUGUAAAAGAUAAAGUGAAGAAUGGAGGAACACCAGUACAUGAACGUCUUUUUGGGAAAUUGUGCAAGAUAGAUAUCAAUGAUUUAACGUGUGAUGAUCCUUUGUCUAAUGGUGUAAUCGACCUUGGUUCUGAUAAAUUCCAAUUAUCUGAGAUAGUAGCUCGUCUAAUCGAUGUCGCUAUAUAUCAAUUACCAAUUAAUAGCGAAGUAGAGGUGACAAGAAAUGAGCGCCAGAGUGUUGCUAGUAAGGAUCGUAAGGCCAAACUAAAGGAUGGUGCAAGGGGUAAUAAACCAGACUUUAUGAUUCAAGUGUUUCUAGGCCAAAAAUGGAAUGAAAUUGUAUAUGCUGAAAGUGGUAAAUGGAAUUGUAACGAAGAAAAAAUACUUGACGAUCACAAUAAAUUGGUGAGAUUUUGUAUAGAUGGCUAUAAAGAGGUUUCAAAAAAGCAUGUGAAAGAUGAUCUAUGA